CCACCCGGACGGCCGAAACGUCAACGUCGAGAAAAGAAACUCCUUUUUGUCCAAGAUCGGAAGGGUUCAGAAGGUGCCAGCGUUGCUAUCAGAAACCUAUAUAAACAGUUUGUUGAUCUCAAUGGAAGCCGCAGGGCAACGAACAUCCUCCAAUCCCUCGGCAGUCCUCGCUGGUCUCUUGUCCAAAAGAGCCAAACUUCAUGAAGAUCUCCGAAACCUCGAAAAGCAGGUUUACGACAUGGAGACUAUUUACCUACAGGAUCCUAGCCAAUGUGGAAAUGUACUUAAAGGGUUUGAAGGAUUUCUAUCUUCAUCCAAGAGUACCAGCUUCUUGAAACGGUCCAGGAAGUUUCAACCUGAAGAUAGGCUCUUUUCUUUGUCGUCUGUCACCUCACCGGCAGCUGAGGAACAAGCUCUUGGUCGGGAUGGUGGAGGGAUAUCUGCCAAUGUUCAAGGUAGACAAAGGAAGGGAAGGGGAGGUCCAAGAGAUGCAAAGAGAACGAGGCAUUCAAGUGAACCAGACUAUGAUUAUGAAGAUGAUCCAGAUCUAAUGUAAUUUGAACUCUGAUGAAAACAGUAGGUUGGUCGAUUUGGAGUGAUGACAUUGGUCGUUUUUGACGUGUACAAAUAUAUUUGGCGGCCUAGAAUUGUAUUUCUUUAGUAUUGGAUGGUCAUUUUGUCCUAGUGAGCCCCCGAGGACAUCAGAUUAAAUAGAAAUUGUAUCCCGGUGAAUAUAUUUCUCUGCUAUUAUAUAUAGUAGUAUAUGUUUUUGACCGCA